UUCUGUAGGUUUAAAGCAACAUUCCAGCUGCUGAAGCUCCGUGACCUCCAGUGUUUUCCUGGCUCAAAUCCAAGGCAGGUGGCCCCCUGCAAAUGGUGUUUAUUUUAGAAUUUGAGCUUUUUUGUUUAUUUGUUGGGGGUCGGAAGGUAUAUAAUAAAUACCCACAAGCAUAGCUGAUGAAUGGAGCCACAAGAAGUAACUCUUUUUCUGGCAGAAACCUGGAUGCUUUUUGCCAUUCUGAUGGUAAAUGAUGAGACAGGCAACCAUGGAUUUCAGCACUCCAUCUGUGUUUGAUCAGCAGAAAGGUGACUCAUCUGAGGAAGUUGACCUGACUAUGGUUUAUCAAGCAGCUUCUAAUGGAGAUGUCAAUGCUCUGACUUCAGUAAUUCGGGAAGACCCUUCCAUCCUGGAAUGCUGUGACAGUGAAGGAUGUACACCCUUGAUGCAUGCAGUUUCUGGACGUCAAGUGGACACAGUGAAGCUGCUGUUGAAGAUGGGUGCCAAUAUUAACAUGCAGGAUGCUUAUGGCCGCACGAGUCUAUGCCUGGCAACCUAUCUGGGUUGGCUGGAAGGCUGUGUGAGUCUGCUUAGAAAUGGUGCCAAGCACAAUAUCCCAGAUAAAAAUGGCCGUCUGCCACUGCACGCUGCCACUGCUGAGCCUGAUGUGAGGCUUCUAACAGUCUUGGUGCAACAGUCAAACCUCAGCGAGAUUAAUCACCAGGACAAUGAGGGAAUGACACCACUCCACUGGGCAGCGUUCCACAACCGGCCUCAACACACUCAAAUGCUGCUGAAGAAGGGAGCAGACCCCACCCUUGUGGAUAAAGACUUUAAGACAGCUCUCCACUGGGCAGUCCAGAGUGGAAAUAGAAUUCUGUGUUCGAUCAUCCUGAGCCACCACCAGGGUCCGUCCAUAAUCAACUAUGAUGACGAGAGUGGGAAGACGUGCGUGCACAUCGCUGCAGCAGCGGGCUUCAGUGACAUUAUUAACGAGUUAGCAAGAGUGCCUGAAUGUAACCUGCAGGCUCUGGAUGUGGAUGACAGGACCCCUCUGCACUGGGCUGCAGCUGCAGGGAAGGCAGACUGUGUGCAGUCACUGUUGGAGCUGGGCAUAGACAGCAACCUGCGAGACACCAAGGAGAGCACACCCCUGGCCUACGCCCUGUACUGCGGCCACGCAGCCUGCAUCAGACUCCUCUCCCAAGAGAGCAGGACAGAGCCUACUCGACCCCUUCCUUCCCAGAACAGCAGACCCCAGAAGAAGGAGGGACGAUUCAGCAUGCUCAACCAAAUCUUCUGCAAAAACAAAAAGGAAGAGCAGGGGGCCUAUCACAAGGAUCCCAGCAGGGACCGACCUAGAGGAGAGCGCACCUCGGAAGUCGAUGACAUCAUCACCACCUUUGACAGCAUCGUGGAUACCAACUGCCAAGAAGAGCCUGGUGACCAGGUGGCUAUGAUUGACUUUAAGAAGCGGACCUCAGACAAUUCAAAAUAUCUCUUGCCAGAAAAGAAGCCUGUGGCCCAUAAGGGGCUUCCACCAAUCAGAACGCAGAGCCUCCCACCCAUCACCCUGGGCAAUAACUUCCUGACGGCUUCCCAGGGGGCCACUUCCCAUGCCGGCCUGAGCUCCGGUACCCAUCAUAUGGCCCAUCGAUCUCAGAAAAGCCGAAGUGAGCAGGACUUACUGCAUAACAGAACUGGCUGCCAAGCAUUGCUAGAUAACCCCUGGAGAGGUGAUUCCAACCAGGUGUUCUGCAAGGCUUGGACUGUUUCUUCUUCUGAUAAGCUGCUGGACAGAUUGCUCACCAGCAGGUCUGGGCACCAGGAGGGCUUGGGGCUGCCCCAUCUUCCUCAUCUACACAAUCCUUCAUCAGGACAAAAUUUUCAGCAUGUCUCCCCAAAUAGACCCCAGAUCAGGGAUCUUCCUUUCACCCGGAACAACCUAGCUCCCCUACCAGACCAAAAAUUUCUAUCUGGAGGACCUCUGCGGACAAACCGAGUGCUUCCUGCUAUUCCAAGCCAACGGGGGCAGAGCAUGCCAGCUGAAGACAGUGAAAACUUUGCCAAUCCCACCAAUGAAGAAAAUUAACUGUGGGUCGCUGACUGUAAAAAUAUAGAUUAUAUAUAUUUUCAACUGUCAAAGGAUGAGAGUACUCUAGUUUGUGAGAACCAAGACUGAUUUAGUAAAUUGCAUUAUAGAAGCCAUUCACGGUUUUAUAACUCCUUAUUCCAAUGAUAUUUCCCAAAUAAGCACUUAGAAUCUUUGAUUGUAUAUAUAUUUUAAGUCUGUGAGUUUCUGUAACGUCUCCAUGCCAAAAUAAAAAGUCAGGAUUUGUUAUCAGCAGGGAAACUCUGCUAUGUUUGGUUUGCGUUGUGACAUCAACAGAGGUUUUUGUCUUUGUUUUGUUUGUUUUUCCUGAAUGAUUUUGUCUUAAAAAAUGUAUGCUUAGCUGAAUAAAAAAAACAACAGAAAAGCAUAUUCCAUACUUUCUCUUCACAUUUAUUAUAAUUCUACCCUAGGUUCAUGAAACUUAAGUAAAAUUAAAGUAGCAAAUUCCUUUAAUCAGUCACAGUUAAUAGCUUUUAAAUGUAUAAGCUUCUGUAAAGUAUUUUCCAACAUCUUCUGAUUCUGGCUACAGCCCAAAUUAUUUGCCAAUGUUUAUGUAUCUUCUUUGUUAUUUGAUUAUUUCCACUUAUUGUCAUUUCCAGAUGUGGUUGUUCUAAUAGUGAGAAGAUCAUGUAAGUUGGAAGCAUCUACAUCCUGGCCUAACAGAAUGAGAUAGGCAUUUCUCAUACAUUCCUCAAAUACUCUGUGUGUUUAAUCAUUCUUUUUUCUGUUUGAAAUAAUGGUCUCCGCCUACUCAAGACAUUCCCAAACUUAUGAUGUAGUAAAGUUCAAAAGACUACUACUAACUGUAGAUCUUAAGUCACUAAGAUGUUUAUGUGUUAUUUGGACUGAUUUAAAUUUCAAGGCCUAGAUGUAUAAGAUCAUAGUCAUUCUGUGUUAUUUCUAAGCCUAUAUGUCAUUCUGUAAUUAUCUCAAGUACAACACUUAGCAUUUUGUAUUAGCAUUAUUUGUUGAGAGAGAUCAGACUGUGCCAUUAACUAAAUAGAAGCUCCUCUGAGCCCAAAUCAUAGUUCUUUGGCUUUGCACUUCCAGAAAUGUGUACAGUGCCUGGCACAUAACAGGCACUCAGUCUUUUUUUUUUUUUUUCCAGGAAAGAAGGAAGGGAAGAAAGUAGGGAUGUAGAGAGGAAGGUGGCAAGGUAGAGAGACAUAGGAAGUGAUAGUAAAGAGGUCCACAGUCUCAUUUUGACAAUGAUAGUAGUCUGAAUUAAAGAUUAUAGAAGAGAAAGCCCAUGGCCAGUCAUCCAAGCUAGACAGUAGCUGGUAGGGAGGACAAAUCCUGGUGCAAAUGGGAGAGCUCUCAGGACAUAGAUUCUGAGGGGUUUUCUGUUAUGUUUUGUUUUGUUCUCUUUUCUUUUGUUUGUGCACUGCAUAUUUGAAAAAUCAUUCCCUGUGAGAAUGAUUUAGGUGAAUCAUUCAUAAUCAUAUUAAUUAGGUGGUUCUAUUAUGUCACCUGGUUACUUCUGAAUCU